UUAGAAGAGAGGGCUCUAUAAAUAGCAAAGCCAGUGCAGUUGUGCCAGCCAUGCAGUAAUGUUAUAAACACACAUUAUUAUCUCCACAGAAUUUUCCAACCAAAACAGGAAUCAAAGCACAACAUGAAGAACAAGAUGAUGAUGAUUAAGCUCUGCUUCUUCGCCAUUGCCCUCUUUUGCACUGCCCCUACAAAUGCUCGUAAUUAUGAGACACAAGGAAUAGGUUUUGGAUAUAGAGGCAAAAACGGACCAAAGCGAUGGGGACAUCUAAACCCUCACUUCACCAAAUGCGCGGUCGGUAAAUUGCAGUCUCCGAUUGAUAUCCAAAGGAGACAAACAUUUUACAACCGCAGAUUGGAAUCGCUACACCGCGAUUACUACUUCACAAACGCAACGCUGGUUGACCACGUCUGUAAUGUUGCGAUGAUCUUCGGGGAAGGAGCAGGAGAUGUGAUUAUAGAUAAUAAGAAUUAUACCUUAGUGCAAAUGCAUUGGCACACUCCUUCUGAACAUCAUCUCCAUGGAGUCCAAUAUGCAGCUGAGCUGCACAUGGUACACCAAGCAAAAGAUGGAAGCUUCGCUGUGGUAGCAAGUCUCUUCAAAAUCGGCGCUGAAGAGCCUUUCCUCUCUCAGAUGAAGGAGAAAGUGGUGAAGCUAAAGGAAGAGAUAAGCAAAGGGAACCAAUCAGCUCAAGUGGAAGUAGGAGAAAUAGACACAAGACACAUCGAACGUAAGACUCGAAAGUACUACAGAUACUUUGGUUCACUCACUACUCCUCCUUGCUCCGAGGACGUUUCUUGGACCAUCCUUGGCAAGGUGAGGUCAAUGUCAAAGGAACAAGUAGAACUACUCCGAUCUCCAUUGGAUACUUCUUUCAAGAACAAUUCAAGACCUUGUCAACCCCUCAACGGCCGGAGAGUGGAGAUGUUCCACGAGCUUGUCCAUGCAAAAGAUACCGGCAAUAAAAAGAAGAAACCUAAUUAAACAUUAGUUUUAGAACCCUCGCUAUAGAUUUGUAAGACUAGCUAGCGAGAAAUUAAAUAAUAAUCUUAUGUGGUACUUGUGUUUGUGUUCUUGUUUGCUACUUGAUCUCUUCGAUUUCCAAUUUUAUAAUAUAAUGUUGUGUUGUGAGAUAUGUAUGUGCAUACGUUGAAACAACGUGAACCAACUAAUAAUCCUAUAUGUCGGAAUAAUUUAUUUGGAUC